GUAAGGCGCCAAUAGAGUCAUUUGCCUGAGUAGUGUCUAGGGGUUAGGACAGCCCUAAACGGUUUAAGUUAAGAUGUGUCGCUUGCAGGUUGUAAUUGUUGUUCUAGUGCUUGUGGUCCAAGUUUAUUCCCAGGGACCGUUUAAGGAAAUCCUUCUUGCAGUAAGACGUGGCAUGCUUCAGGACUGCAAGGAAUCGCUAGGAGCUACGGAUGCAGACGUUGAGCAUAUCAUAAACGCGAAUGAACCUGAGAAUCAGGUUCAGAAGUGCCUUGCCCAUUGUGCGAUGAAACAGUUUGGAAUCUUGCACGGAAGAAAGUUUAACAAGCAGGGCUUUGCCUCCGUUGCAAAGUUGGUUAUUUUCCUGGACAAGCGGAAGUCACGAUACGUCGAUCAGGUCGCGGAUGAGUGCGACAAAAUCGACAACGAGGACCUUUGUGAGCUGGGGGCCGAAUUGUACAUGUGUGCAGUGACGGGAUUGCGGAAGAGAGGAAUACAGCUGUAGUAAAACAUUGUUUAGAGAAGUAGCCAAAUUAUCCCGUUUCUGGAAUUAUUACAUUUCGAAAUAUAAUAAUUUUUAACUUUCUCAUAAACAUUCAUGCCAAAAAUAUAACAAUUUUUUAUUCAAAUAAGCAACUUGUUUUCAACCAACAAAACUAUGUCUCCAAGCAUUUUUUCAGUCAUACUUGUACACUACAGAAACCAUGCGGAAUUC